UCCGGCAAAUCAACCAAUGAAAAUCUAGCAAUGGCAUGAACUGUUUCCGGCUCAGCACCAAAGAUAUUUGUCGGCUUUUCAAUGGAUAGGUUUCCUUGUGCUGUCAAUUUUCUAAUAAUAUAAGUGCUUCAGCUGCCUUUUUAGUGUAAAAAACACUCUUUUUUUCUCUGCUCUCGGAGAAAAACCAUUGCUACUACAAUUUCUUGAUAAAUACAACGUUAAAAUGCCGUCAGCGGCGAACGUGAAGAUUGACAAGCAAGUGAAUCAAGAAAAUGCUCUGGCGGAGUCUUCUCAAAAUUUAACACCGAUCAGACAAGCGAUUACAAUAAUAGAACAUAAAAUAAGGAAUUUGGAAAAGCGGAAGACGAAACUAGAAUCAUACAAAGAACUUCAAAAUACCGGCAAGGAGCUCAACCCGGACCAAAAGCAAGCGGUAGCAAAGUUCGGUGAGGUGUUGAACACGUUGGACUUUGCACGCGACCUCUGCAAACAGUUCCUCGGCAUCGCGUCGACCACCGAGAAGGAGGCUAAGAAAUUGGCGAAGAAAGAGGCUGCCUUGAAGUACCAAGCUGAGUUGGCCAGGUUAAGGGAGAUUCUGCUGGUACAGGAUGCCCUGAACCAGAUGGGAAAUGAGGCGGUGCGGGAUGACUUUUUGCAUGGAAAGAACGGAGCUGCUCAAUUGACAGAGGCUGAUCUCAAACUACUGGACGAUUUUUACCCUGCAGUAACGCCAAAACACGAAGCUGGCAACGCGACGACGUUCACGAACGAAGUCCAAUCAGCUGCGGAACACCUUUUGGCGGCAGUCGACGGAAAACCCAAAGAAGUAUUUGGCGGUACUUAUAGUCAGAUUAAGGAAAUCCUAGGGAAAAUCCACGAAAGCGGAUAUUUUGAUCAAGCCCAGGUACGUUUCUUACAACCGCUCGAAAAAGUAUGUUUCCUUGAUUCGUUUCUAUUUUUGUGAGCCUAGAAACUGAACUUACCUAAAAAGGAGUAGUUUAACUGCGCGACUCGUUAGUGCAGUGAAGCCAUAUGACAGGGUUCUGAAGACUGAUAAGUUAAUAA